AUGUUAUCCGGAUCCGGUGGCACGAUGAACCGUUUCCGAGUGUCAUCAGUUUCACAUUUAAUGGAUACCAAUCAAAAGCAAGAAGAGCAAGAACCACAACAACAUUCAUUUCAACUCAAUACACAACCACAACCUAAUGUUCAAUUAAAUACUACAGGAGAGGAUUUGAUUUUUAACCGUUCAAGAGGAGAGGAGGAAUUUGAGAUCACUAUUUUGCUAUCAUAA